UCAGGAAAGACCACCUUGAGGCCUGCCUCCUUUCCUUGGGUUGUGAUGUGAUGGCGAGAGAACACAGCAACUUCGAGAGCUACUCCAUGUGUUAUGAGCAUGUGUUGGAGCAUGCUAGGCAGAAGCUCUGUCAAAAAGAGCAAGAAUUAGAUACUAUCCAAAGAAGUUCAGAUCCACUUGAAGACAACGCUGGUCAGGUUGCAGAGCUCAGUCAUACUAUGAUCAUGGAAAUCACUGCUCUAAGAGCUCGACUCACAGAUUUGGAACAGGAGAAUCUGAAUCUCAACAAGCAGAUUAGAAAAGAAGUCCAGGAAGAAUAUGAAGACUUAGUCCGAGCUUUGUUUGCGACGUGUGUGCACAUAAAAGAAAAGCUGGAUGAGAAUCAGAUUAAUUUGACCCAGAAAGUGUGUGAGCUCAUCGGCGAAGUAAGAACAGAAGGGAUCGACAAUUUGAAGGGCCUAAAGACAAAAUGGGGUUCUGCCAGACCCGAUGAAGGAAUGAAAGAAAACCCAGCCAAACAGGAGCAGCUGCAGGCCUUGGAGCAGGAGAGCAGCAGCCUGGCUGCACUGGUGUGCAAAGUGAGGAGCCUGGGCCACUGGAGGCUGGCUGUGCAGCAGGCUCGCUUGCAGGGCCAGCUGAACAGGGCAGAGAAGGAAGCUCUGCAAAGUAAAAAAGAGUGCUUGAGCGUCCAGCUAAUGGCAGAACAAGAAGAGGUUUUAUUUCGUCAACAGUUACUGGCUCGAAGGCAGGCCCUGGCCAGGGCUCAGGCCGACAACACCAGGAUGCACGAGCAGCAGGAGAACCAGGCUCAACUGCUGAGAGAGUUGCAACACCGAGCAACCCAGGAGGCUCGCCACUGGCAACAGAUGGAUCUAAUGAAAACCUCCAGCAUGGAGAAGCUCUUGGAAGAUGUGGAGCAAAAGGAACAGCACCUGCAGCUCCUGACGGAAGCGUCUGAGAGGGCUUCCAGACUGGGCCAGCUUCAGCAGAAGAGAAGUCAGAGAGGACUCCAACAGAUGAGAAGCCGGCUUGCCCAGGAGCGCAGUGUGAAGCUGGAUGCUUUCCAGCGCGUACAAGAGCUACAAAGUCAGCUUAAUGACGCCGAGUGAUCGUCUGUCCAGAUGAGCUCACCAGGCAGUAAGCAGGUCCCCUACUCUGGCUAGCACAAACUCCCAGGGUCUGGGGUCUGCACUGAGGAGGAUCUCAGGGUCUAGCCAUAACAACGCAGUGGUUAUCGAGUGGGUGCUCCAUGAUGGCUGUUGAAUGAAUGAAUGAUACAUGAAUGAAAAAAACUUCAUUCUGAUUUGCAGUCAUAACUUUCUACUUUAGUUCACCUUAGAGUACUGACAUCCUAUGCUAAAAGGUUUUAGUCAUAAAAACUGGUCUCAGAAGUGUGUAAUAUACCACUUACAGAACACUGGGUACUUCACUAUAUUUUGUCUUAAUGCCUUGGGACAUCAAUGAUGACAUUUCUCAGAUGUUAUUUAUAAAGUAUAUUAUGAUUCGUGGGAGCUGGGGGCCCGAGGAGUCCUAUAGAAAUGGCAAUCAAAACAGCCCUCUGGGCAAUGUAGAAGCAAGCAGCAUGGAGCAGGGGUCAAACCCAGGAUGUCUCUAAACUAGCUUCCUCCCCUAUAAGUUGAGGAUGAAAUACAUUCUAAGUUCUUUUCUAGAUCUGACUAUCAAAAAUAUCAUCAAAUAUCAGUAUACACAACUGACUUAUUAUUAAGAUCAGCCAAGCCUCUGCUUUUCUGUUCCGGUGUAGCCUGGUGGUUGAGGGUGUGAGCUUUGGUUCAAAUCCUGGCUCUGUCACUCCUAGCUAUGUGACCUUAGACAGGCUAAUUAGCCUCUCUGUAAACUGGGACUCUCCACCUCAAAAGGGUAUUCCGAGGAUUAAACGAAAUAAUGCACGUCUGCCACAUUGUUUAGAAACACUAAAACACUUGUUCUGUUGUUUAGAAACACUAAAUAACUGCAAAUGUUGAUUAUGAUGCUCCCAACAUCAGAAGCAUCAGAGGCAAAGGCAGAGUUAAGGGGCGAGCUCUCUUUACUUGGCAUUAGCAUGGAUUCGCCUUAGGAUCUUACAACUCCUGGGAAACUAUAGCAUGUUCUAGUGCAGUUAUUCUUAAAAUACUUAAGGGAAAAACAAAUGAAAUCACUUGGCUGACAACACUGUGAAAUGU